GUACAGAUGGAAGCGACUCCGCCGAGAAUUCGAGCCUUCUUACCUCGGCAGACAUCAGAAAUGCAAGACGGCCUGGCUAGAGGAAAUGGUGGAAGAAAAGCAGGAGAUGGAUAGUCCCAUUGACCUCCUCGACCUGUACUUGGCUCGCUUCACCCAGUUCCUCUUGCCCGUGGCCCCCUUUGCCCUGGACUUCGUCCCGCAUAGCCGAACAAGCGGCAUGCUCCGAGUUCCAGCCUCCUCCGAGGGUGCAGGCGUAGCUGAGAAUGUCAGCGAGGAAGACAUUGCAAAGGGCCUUGUCGACGAGCAUGUGGACUUCUUGAAGCGCCGGAAGCUGUGCAUGUUUCUCAUGGCUGCUGGCACUGGAGGUGAGCUGUCGCUCUAUCCGAAGGAUGGUGCACAGAUAGUCCUUGCAGCACAAGCUGGUCGGAUGGUAGUGUUCCGUCAUGACCGAAUCAGCUAUGCUUAUAGGCCAGACUCGGAAGAUGACCUUGUCCUGCAAGCUUGGACGUUGACUGCACCACCCCAGUUCCAAUUCGGAUCCGUGGAUGGUGAUCAGAAGUCCAAGGACGAGCUCUAUGGCCUGGUUGCUGGACCAAACACUCCUGAAGGUCGCCGAAUUUGCGUCUACGGUGUGGGCCUCUCCCUACCCGGUGCGGCCUUCGAAAAGCUGGAGUCCUACUGGUGUACGGUGGCCUCUGGGACGGAUGGCUAUAUCUAUGCUCCCAUUGAAAGGUUUGACAUUGAGCCGUACACCAGAACUGGCGAUGCGUGGCAGCCAGGAUUCACAUACACAGUGCAUGGAGGCUUUUGCAAAGACAUCUUCUCCUUUGACAACGACUUCUUCAACGUUUCUGAGGAGGAAGCUUACCUGUUAGCUCCUGCGGCAAGACAGCUGCUGGAACGCAGCUACGAGGCUUUGUUUACAUCAGGUAUGCGGAAGAAAGAUGUCAGAGGCAGGCGUGUGGGAGUCUACAUCGGGCACAGCGGCGAUGACUGGAGUGGAGAUCCGAGGUUCACAAUGGGACCCUGCGACUGUCAUCGCUAUGGAUACCAGGCCCGGAAGUGGGCAAAUCUUGCGGGCCGAAUCUGCUACACCUUGGGCCUGUCGGGUCCACAGGCCUUGCUAGACACAGCAUGCUCCUCCGCCUUGGUUGCUUAUGGUGUUGGGCAUACUGCCUUGCGGCAAGUCACAGCAGAUCAGGCUGCAGCAGGCCAGAACUCCGGAAUCACCGAGGCCUUGAUGGCAGGUGCGAACCUGAUUCCGGGCCCUGGGAACUUCAUCAACCUCUGUGGCCCCCACAUGCUGUCCAUAAAUGGCCGGUGCUUCACGUUUGACAUGUCUGCAGAUGGUUUUGAACGAGGGGAAGGCUCCUCCUGCUUCUUUGCUCGAAGCGAGGAGAAAGUCACCCGUGAAGCAAUCGCCACCGUGAUCGGUGCCUGCCUGAACCAAGAUGGCAGAAGUGCGAGCAUGACUGCGCCAAACGGACCCUCUCAGCAAGAAUGUGUGCGUGGAUCCAUGAAGGAGGCUGGUCUGACAGCCAACCAGAUCACUUGCUCUGAGCUUCAUGGAACUGGCACAGCACUGGGAGAUCCAAUCGAAGUCGGUGCUCUGAGGGGAGUCAUGCAGGACAGGAAGGCUCCGAUCAUGCAGACGAGUGCAAAGAGCCACAUUGGGCACCUGGAGGCCAAUGCUGGACAGGCUGGCAUCAUCAAGUGCAUUCUGAUGUGCAACUCCUGUGCCGGGACACCGAACUGUCACUUGUACAUACUGAACCCGCACUUGGACGUCAAUGGUUACCCAACCAUCUUCAACUCAGAGCUCACAGAGUAUGGAAACCAGUCCGGGUACUCCGGGGUGUCCUCAUUUGGCUUCGGUGGAGCGAAUGCUCGUGCUGACGUUUAUGCUGUGGCCAGCAGAGGUCCCAGGAAGCCAGGCAAAGUGAGCCUAGAGAAAGUGGACUACGUAGUGGUCAGCUGCCCAUUUGAUGAGGGUCCCAUGCACUAUGUCGAUGGAAAAGAAGUCCCAACAUCCGGUUCCAGGAUCGUCAGGAACAGAGGCAGAUAUCGCUGCGACAACAUUCGGGACGAGUUCGACCAGUAUGACUACAACAGCAGCCUCUAUGACGGCAAGUUUCAGAUGAACCCCGCAGAGGAGAUGUCGGGGGACAAGCCGGACACAGGCAUCGGCAUCAUGGGCUCCUGGGAUGGAUUUAAGCAGGUGGCUGAGAUGACACCCGGCUCAGAUGGCGAUAGCUGGAGUUGUAUGGUGGUUUUAGGAGAGACGCGCUAUGAGAAGUUUCAGCUAUGCCUUCUUCAGAACCCUGAGCUAGCCAUCUAUCCCUAUGUCAACAAUGGUUCCAUGAACACUCGGGUUGUUGGACCUCAUGGUGAGGGCAAGGGGCGUUACUGGAUCAUUGACGGGCGCGACGAGGAGAUUCCUGCUGGCACUCCAUUUCGCAUCACGCUGGAGUGGGGCCUGAGGCUCCGUGUGACCUGGCAGCGUGCCGAUGCUAUGCUCAGCAGCGGCGGCAUCCCCAUUCCCAAGCUCAUUGGCUCCAAAGCGCGGCACAGGUACUUCGUGGUAGGCUCCUGGACGUCUGGGAAUUUCCUCGAGAUGCAGAGCAUGCAGAGCCCAGGGCUUUUCGAAACAACGGUUCGCAUUGGCAUGUCCCGCUCCGAAUCCUUCUACUUCGUUCGUGAUCAGGACCAAGAACAGGUGAUCUAUCCCGCCAAGCCUGCAUUGGAUGGUGGAGCCACUGAGAUCCCAGUGAGAGGGCCUGAUGCACUUGGCAACGGCAAGAGUUGGAGGAUCACAGGGAAAUACGGCGAAUCUGUGCGGAUUCGGCUCGAGAUUGUGGACGCCCUUGUGAAGGUGAGCGUUGCCAGCAUGAUAAGACCCGACUCCGGAUGGAUUGCCAGUGGGAUCACUGGUCCUGCGCGCCACAGCUACUGGGUGUUGGGCAGCUUCAACAAUUGGACUCCAGAACAGAUGCUUCCUGGAGAAAGGGGGACAUUUGUAUUGCAGGGAGUGGCCGACUGUUCCAGGCAGCGAGACCAGCGCUUCACCAUCAUGGUAGAUGAAGAUCCAGACAUGGUCGUGUAUCCAGAUGCGCAAGGCAGCGUACCUCCCGGACUCACAAUGGUCAAAGGACCUGGCCGGGUGGAAGAUGACAGGGACUUCAUGCUGAAUGUUCUUAAGGAUGGCGCAGAGUUCGAGAUUGUGCUUGACUUCAACGCGCGGGACAAGCGCAAGGCAAAGCGGAAAGAUCCUCUUGGUCGCCUCGGCUUUCCUCGGCUUGCCUUGUCCUUGUCCCAUGAAGCGGAGACCGGGGUGGGAUGUGCUGUGGCCGCUUUACCUGGUGGCUUGGCUCAGUGGAUGGCUGUGUACAAUGAUGUCAAUGUCUACGACUUGCUCCUCUAUAUCUUGUCCUUCCCUCCAUUCUCUUGGUUUUCCUGGAUGUUUGGUGGCUGGAUUUCGCGAGGGGCACCAGUGCUGAACCAUGGGCAGCCCAUAGAGGAGGCAACCCUCCCUCAGGGCCAGGUGUCUCAGUACGUGAAUAGUUACGUGCAGCAGUACGGCGACGCUGCUUUGAUCUUUGCCACAAACGAUGGGUACCCGCAGAUUGUCAAGGAACUCAUCUACAACGAAGAUCUUGGCUACAGGGAUUCCGGCAAUGCACCGCAGCUUUGCUUCGGGCCGGUGCUGAUCCAGAGCUGCCAAAUGAGGGCAACGAUCUCCAUUGACCUCGCGGAUGACCAUGGCAACACGGCCCUCCACUAUGCAGCCUAUCAUGGGCAUCUUGCUGUCGUCAUGGAGUUGCUGAAAAGCAACCCGAACAAGGACCUGAAGAACAUCUAUGGCCACACAGCGGCGAGUUACGCUGCUUCGAACAAGUUCAAGGGAAUAGCCGACGUCCUCAAUAGAGCUGAUCCCGCGAAAUCGCAGAGGAGAGCGAAGGAGAAGGAGAAGGCAGACGAGGAUGCAGCAAAGGCGAUUGAAGACAAGAUCCGCGAACACUUGAACCAAAUGAAGUCAAAGCAGGAGGACAAGGGCAAACACGUGAAGGGGAAAGCUCAAGAUCUGCAUGAACGUGAUGCAGAGGACUUCGAGCCCUCCAUCGAAAAGGAUCAUGAUGGCGUUUCAGAUGCCGAAAGGAAGGCUCUUGAGGAGCAGCUUACCAAGCUCCGGCGCCAGCACGAAGAGGCAGAGCUCAAGUCUCAGAAGAAGAUUGUCGAGCUGUUAGAAAAGACUUCGGAGCAACAGCGCGCCCUAGACGAAGCCAAGGAGAAGCACCGCGAGUACCAGCUCAAUCACACGGAGUUGCAGCUGAAGGUCGACGAGCUUGAAACAAAGCAUCGCGUUAGUGUGCUGAAGGCUCAGGAGGAAGCUGACCGAGCGAAAGACCUCGCGGAUAAGCAUCUAGAGGUAAAGCAAGAGCUUGAGCGGCACAAGCAGCGAGCCGAAGCUCUUGAGAAGGAGCGGGAUCAGCAGGAAGAAGUUGCCAGACGUCACCAGGAGCAUGCCCAGCAGGCACACCAAGAAGUCACUGAGCACCUGACAAAGCUCGAGGAGCAUCAGAAGGAGAUGAGCACGCUGCGAGAGCAGCUCAAGAAGGCAGCGGACGAGAAGAAGCAGGAAGAGGAUAGAAUCCGUCAGAUGCAAGAAGAGCUCACCAGGCUAAGAGGAGGUGCUGGUGCUGACGCAGGAUCUGCCAGCGCUGUGACAAGGACGGAAAGUCCUGCUGUGGAGCCACCAGCGGCUGAGACCCCACAGGCCGCCCAGGCCGCUCCAGCCAGUGAGGACACUGCGCCUGCAAGCUGA